GCAACAAGGAGCUUGAAGUGCCCAACGGAGCAGUGCUCCAUCCUUAGCUUCUUUGCAACCAUUUUGCCUGAUUUUUCAGAUAAGCCCUUUGCUACAGAUAUAACUGGAGGUGAAGUUAAGGAAGUUGGAGCACACGAUGUUCACAUGUGUUUGGUUGGCCAUUCUGCUUGUGGUAGGCAGUGUGUUGAAUCAUCCUCCAUGGUUGAAUGCAUCAGCGGCACGGCUUGGAUACUAUGAAGGUGGGACCGUUUUCUGGGAAGCUCGCAAUCCAGAUAAUCCACGAGAGAUCACUAUUGACUUUGAGUUCAACUUUGAUUCACGAAAGCACUCUUCUACCCACUACCAGUGUACUGAAGAUGACAUUGCUACACAGAAGAAACUCCGUACCGGUGGUCAGUUUCGUGUUGGCGAUGCACAACCUCUAUGGGCAGAUUAUUACUGCACACAUUUGGAUAGGAGGAGGCAUGCUGCCACUGGCGUUUACCGCAUGACGUACACUUUGCCAUCAAAUGAGGCAACUGCAGAGAUAUCAUACACAGAAUGCUGCUGGAUCCCUGGUAUUGUCAAUAACGGUCGAGACAUAGGAAACGGUAAAGGCUGGAACCUGGCAUCCACCAUCAACAUCAACCACAAGGAUGGCGUGUCCAUCAACUCACCACCCCAAGGCAAAACCUUCGCCAAGUAUUCCAUCAUGUCAGGUUGCACCUACAGCAUUCACAUUCCACAUGAUGAUGCCAACAAUGACAUUGUGAAAUGCAGGUGGACAAGCAGGAGGAAGGGGGAAUGUAACCCUAAUGCCUUGGAUAUCUGCGGGACACCGUAUUUUGACGAGGAGAGAAUUAAACCUGUGGCCAGUUUAGAUAAGGGGAGUUGUGAGCUGAGCUUUGGAGAGGUAGAAACGAUUCCCGCUGGUACCUAUGCUUUCAUGGUCAUGCUGGAGGAUUUCGCCCCCGGUAGGUCCCGCAAACCAAUGAGCAAGACCCCCGUGCAUUUCCUGAUGAACGUCUUCGACUACGAAGGUGAAUGCCGACAGCCAAUCCUCCAUGUGCCAAGGAUUUGCUUUGCCCACGUUCUUGGAGAGGAGUUCCAGAUUAAAAUGGUUGCCACUGCAACAGCCCCGUAUCACAGGAUCACCAGUAUUGACGUACAGGGUUACCCAACCGACACACCUAGGCGCGUGCCUGGCACUUCCGCCGACUAUGAGAUCACCUUUAGAUUCACGCCGACGGAGUUGAAGACUUACACAAUCUGUGCCAUGGCCAGUGAAGAUCAGAGGUUUAUCAGCACACAGUCCUGUUUCACAGUAAAAGUUAUGCGAACAGAACCAGCAGUGCUGGGAGUAGAUCGAGCCAACUCCAUUCCGGCUAAAGGUUCCCAAGAGGCUGAGGCAGUCGUUCCGAAAUGGGCCAUCAAAUUCAAGAGAAAUAUUCAGAAAGGAGUGUUCAGCCCUGCUUAUGUAACCCUCCGCGAUUCCAACGACGUCGUAGUUUGGCGCGUAGAUGCCACUGGCCCCAAUGUUGAAGUUGUAAAUGGUGACACCCUGACGUUCCCAAACAGCCACCACGUGUUCUUGGAGUACGAAGCGGAGUACACCAUCUCACUGGACGAAGGGGUGGUACAGAGUAACGACAGGAAAUGCUCGGUGAAAUCUAAACCUGCGGAAUGGAGCUUUGUGACCAAACUGCCCGCACCUGCACUGAACGAGCCCGAAUGCAGCAUAUCUUCCAUGCGUUUCUACAUUCCCAAAGCCUUAGUGGACCUUGGAGGCCAUGGACCAGAGAUCAUGCACCUACGUGACCCCCAGUGCACAGGUGCCAAUUACAAUGAGACCCACUACGUGUUUUGGACCUCCUAUGACCUAUGCGGCACAACCUUCGAGCGUAACGGUACCGAUUACACCUACGGCAACACCGUGUACAUCCCAGACGAGCCCUACCGGCCUGUGGGGACUGAGGUCACCCGGGCCCCUCACGAGGAAAUCCGCUUCACCUGUAGCAUCCCCGCCAAGACAAUCAAAACCCUGCCGUACAAUCCCAGCCCGGGCAUCACUGGUUAUCAGAUGUUCAACGGUAGGGCAGACUUCUUGGAUACGUUGGAAGACACCACCCUGAGGCUCUUCAACUCGAGAUUCGACCAGCCAUACGUGGAGGCGGCUCCUCCGCUGGACGUGGCCUUUAACAACAGGCUUUACUUUGAGGGGGAAGCCAUGUGCUCAAGUUACAGGAACUGCGACGCGUUCUUCCAGUCCUGCUGGGCCACGACUUCAGAAAACCCUUAUAAUUGGCCUCGUCAUGAACUGGUAAAAGCUGGGUGCAAAGAAGACUGGACGUUGCAGAUUCACAAUUCGGGUGCUUCUAACAAAGUCCGAUUCUCCGUGGAUGCCUUCGCCUUCCUCGGCUGGCGCAUCCACGAUACGGUGUUCGUCCACUGCAAUGUGUUCGUCUGCCCCUCCAAUGAUUACUCCUCCAUCUGCAAACGAGGUUGUGUGAAUCCUUCCUCGACGAUCUCUAAGAGGGCCGGCAGUCGUGAUGUCAUGUCGGUGGUCUCUUCUCCAGGACUGUAUUGGCAAGAAUAAUUGGGGUAUACGAUUAGACAUGAAGUCAGAAUAAUGUAUGGAUUGGUUUUGACCCUACGGUUGUAUCUGUGCCUAUGUUGCUUAAAAUUUGUGCAUCAAUUUUCCUGACGUCCGUAAAGGUUUGUGCCUAAUUGUACGUGUGAACUGUAUGUCAAGUACUCAAUUGUCGUCCUAUACUUUGCAGGAUUCGUUCAGUACAACAUAUUAAAUGUAAACUCCACAGUACAUUUGCAUAGAAGUAACCAUGUAAAUUGGUGUGUAGUAGUUAAUUUGCCAGUGAUUGAAAAUUGCACCAGAAGAUUGACUUCUUGGAGUUAACUGAUGUCUAAACAGAUUGUUUUGAUUUGUUUGUUCUUUUGUGUCUUGGUAGUUUACCAGUCUUGUAGUUUUGGGAAUACGUUUCGUUUGUGGGGCGAGGCUUUUCAGUCAGUGUUCUUCUCAGUCUAGGUCAAUAUUUUUAUUCCAGUGUAUGACAUAGAGAAAACUAUUAUAGCAGUUCCAGUUGAAUACUAAAAUAAGAAACAUCUUAUUAGUUUAGGCUAGGCUGAAGUAAGAAAGGCAACAGGAAAUCAAACAACUUGCUUUUCAGAGAACAAAAUCUGUGAAAAUUUCCUUACUGCAGAAGAUAGGGCCUAAGGUCAUCGAUAUUUGAUUAACCAGACGUUAUACGAGGCAUCAACUGAAAUAUCCAAAUGGGCUUGACUUUCACGAUAUAUCAUAGCAUUGUACGU